UUUUAUUCAACAACAAUGUGGUAUCUAUUGAUCGUUCUUUUGACUUUAUUUUUCUCUUUUACUUUAUAUCAAGAUUCGUGUGGAGUGGUUACGGGACAUUAUGGUGAAAAACUACAAGAUUACACAGAUAUUCUGCAACAACUUAUUGAUAAGGCUAGUGAAUCAGAUGAUCCAGUCUUGAUGCUUAAACCUGGUCGAUUUGGUAUUCGUGGCAAAGAUGCAGUAGUUCUGAAACCAGGGGUGAGCUUACACGGAAGUGAAGAUGAACCUACUAUUUUUAGCACUUUGAAUAAUGAUGAUGAUGAAGAUGAUGGUGAAGAUGAUCAUCAUCACAAUGCCACUGCAACCAUUCAAGUGCCUGCUGCUAGUGUUGGUUGGACCAUUGAUGGAAUUAUAUUUGAUAAUGUGAAUAUUGAUGUUCAACCUCAACAGAAUCAUCAAGUUGCAAAAAUUGCCAAUAAUGUAUUCUUAAAUGGAGGACGAGGCUCUAUCCAAUCUUCUUUUGGAGCCAAUCUUCUUAUCGAUAGUAACAUAUUUCUACGUGAUCAUGCUCACGCAGGCAAGGAAUUUAUUCCUCAAUAUAAUACAACAAAUACUGGGGUUCUCUUUCAAACUCAAGAGAAUAGUAUGAUCUCCAACAACAUCUUCGGUAUGGAUCUUCGACAUUUGGAUGAUCUUAUGCCUGUUGUGUCAUCUGAGUUACAAUCAGGUUUAACGAAGAUCAAAUAUGCAUUAACUUGUUUACAAGCCAAAUGGGAUGAUCAACAAGGAUUUUUGAUGUCUGGUGUUCAACUAUACAGUUCAAAUGAAAUCACCAUACAGAAUAAUAUUUUGAAUGGCACUUUCCCUGAUACCAUGCCUAUUCCUCAAGAUCAUGCCAUCAGUAUUGUUGGAAGUAAUCAAACAUAUAUUCUUCAAAACUUUGUUGCAGGUUGGCAACUAGCUGAUUUUGGUGGUGCCUUUCGAUUCACCUCUGCUGUGGAUUCGUAUGUAGUCUCAAAUUAUUUAGCCAACACGGCGGUGAUGAUUUAUGUAGCAAAUCAUGCUGACUUCCAACAAAUCGAUAACAUGGUUGUGUAUGACAAUUUCUUCUUCCACUUUUUGGGCAAGGAAUUUGAUCCUCCUGCACCUUUGGCUGGUUGGCUUUAUGAAGGCAUCACAUUUUAUGAUUUUUGGACAGCACGACUAAACAAUACCAUCCGUCCUCCUUUUUGGAACUCUAGUGCCCCACUCUCACCUUUUGCUCAUAACAUCAUCAUCUCAGAUAAUCAUUUUGCCUCCGCCAAAGGAAUUGAUCCUAACGUCAUCAGUUUGGGUAACUUGGAACCUACUCAAGCUCAUGUUGAUAAAAAGAAUUGUUAUGUCACCGAACCUCUUUUGAACGAUACUAAUCGUGUUCCUUUAUUAUGGCGCCAACAAUACCAAAAGGAUACAUUUGCUCGUUAUGGCAACAAGAUCCCUGUGAGAUCCCCCUUUAGUACUGAUCGUCACUUGAUCAAAUAUGUCCCUGAAGAUUUGCAAGACUUGGAAAUACCAGACUUUUGGAAAGCAUUCACUCUUCGAAAUAAUACAGUACCCAUGAUUCCACCUGAAACAGAGUGUUACUAGACUAGCAUCAUUACAUAUAAGCAUCAUCAUUAGUUUAUUCUAAUUUUUUGUUUUCUUUGAAGAUUCCAAAUGAAUAAAUAAUAAAAAAAAAAAUGGCUAUAACUAAAUGAAAGGAAGAAAAAAAAAUACACAAAGACUAAAUGGUAAUACUAAUAAACUAAAAAAGUGAA